AUGAUCCUUCCUGCUACCUAUUAUUCAGGGUGGUUGGACAAUGUGGUUUUAACAACCAGAGCAAAAACAGCUACUGAAAUAUCGAAUGUUGCCACUCAGAUAUUCUGCUUUUCGUUCGAUCAACCCAGUUCAUAUAACGAUCAUGAUCCAAAUCGUUUGAACAGUACGAAUCAACUAAGUAUACAUACACCAGCCCUCGUUGCUAAUAUGUGUACAACAAACGAUGUAACAUUGUACGUAAACGGCGUAUCUCAAGGCUCAUUAGGCGCUGUUUCAUACUACUCAAAUGCUGGUGGUGCGGGAAUUUAUAUCACUCUUGGCUGCUCGUUUGGCAAUAGUCAUAAUUAUAUAGGAAAUUAUCCAUUUCAAGGCGCAGUGGAUGAAUUUUAUGCUUAUAGGCGUGAGUUAAGUUCUUUGGAAAUAGUGAUACUUGCCAAUGCAUGA